AUGUCAGGCGGUGUCAAAGUGCCCGACAGGGUCAAGGAGGUUGCAAGGGAGGACUUUGACAAGGCAAAGCAGCUCGCUUCAGAUGCCGUGCGGUCGGCCGCCUACCUCUAUCCGUUCAAGGGUAUCCUGUACUUCUUCACCAACCGCUCGCUAUGGAAGCCUCUUGCGGCCAAAUUGAUCCCCACCAUCUCACUUGGCGUCGGCGUGACGGUGUUGAUGUUCGCCGUCACCUACGUGCCUCAAGUUGCGCUCUUGACGCUGUUCAACGGUCCCUUCGCCAUCAUCAGCACCGUUCUCCUUGUGCUCAGUGAAUCGUCGACCAUCUUCAACGUCUUGAGCAAGAAUUUCCUCAUUGACGAUGCCCUCAUCGACACCUUUGAUGGCACUCUUCUCGCUAGAGGUCAGAGCUCUCUGGUGGCCACUGAGCGUCAGGUCAAGUCUGGAAGCGACCCAGUAGGAAAGCUGGGCAAGCUUGUGACGAAACCAUUCGCCAAAUUCACACCCAGUGCCAUGAUCCGGUACUUCAUGUACCUCCCACUCAACUUUAUUCCUAUCGUUGGUACUGUUGCCUUUGUCAUUCUCCAGGGCCGCAAAUUCGGUCCAACCGCGCAUGCUCGUUAUUUCCAGCUGAAGCAGAUGAAGAAGCCGGAGAAGGAGCGUUUCAUCGAGGAACGCAAGGCUGCAUACGCCAGCUUCGGUAUCCCUGCUGUUCUCCUCGAGCUUGUCCCUGUCGCCGGCAUCUUCUUCUCUUUCACCAACACCGUCGGCGCCGCACUGUGGGCCGCAGAUAUGGAGCAGGGCCGCAGCGGUGGCAGCCAGGGUAGUGGAAGCUCUACUGCUCCCAAUCUCCGCAACCAGGCCGAACAAGUCAGGAAGCGGGAGUUGUGA